AUGGCUCCCUCUGAGUAUCACGGCACAUUGAGCCAUGUACGAGGUGCUAAAACAGGUGAUGAAGCAAUCUACGAGGAUAGAUUCAAGAUCGUAAAAGAGGUUCUUGUUCAAUUUCAACAUCUCAGCUUCAUACAAGAGCUACUUGAACAGUAUGGUGCUCAUGCUCAAGCUGCCCUGGUGCCCAAACCGUUCAUCGACUUGUUCUCUGUGUCUUUGACCGACCAAGUAUCCGCGUGUUUUAAUGAGAAUCACCAUUCUAACGAGAGAAACCUCUCCUUACUUGCACAACAAGUGAUACAGAAUACCUCGAAAGCCGUUACCAUCACUCCUCAGACGAACCUUGCAGGCUUUGUCUCCAUGUUCAGUGGCGAGAAUUUGCGUCUUGAAACGAUAGGCCUCUUGCAGUGUCUCGCGGCCCGUUCUUGCUAUUUGGGACUGGCUCGCGACAAUGAAAAACAUGAGGGCUUGAUUCUGGCGCUGUACAAGAAUACAUCGUCUUGUCUUCGGCUUUCACGACGACUUGCUUCGAACAAUAACGAUGUAACGAUUUGGUUGGCUUUUGAGUAUCUUCGACUAACCACACAGAUCGAAGGAGAGUCAUCGCCAUUGAUAUACCGCCUUGUCGGAGAUCUUAGUACCGUGGGCUGCCCAUUUCGAUCAUGGGAGAUGAAGGCAUCUGAUCUGACACUUCAACAGUACGUACAUGAGUUCGGAAUUCAACGGGAAUCUUCCAUCACCCGGAACACCCCCUUUUUCGUUGCAGAGUGCCGGAGAAAGACGUUUGCCGCCAGCUUUCAGUUCGACAAGUUCGUCAGUGCCUUGGUCGAUCGACCACCUCGUCUGUUGAAACGGUUUUCGGAUUGCCGAAUGCCACUGGAUUUGAACGACGAAGAAUUACUUUCAAGUGAGACAGAAGAGCAAGCUCGGGCGAGCCUCACAGCCGACGGAUGGAGCCCGAAGAUCCGAUACAUCCCAGCAACAUGGCAUCGACUCAGGUACAUGAUCGGCACCCUUCGUGAAGAAGUUCUAGAGUACAACUAUCGGGAGCCAAGGCCUGAAACAGAAGCACUCAUCAAGCAGCGAUGCAAACGCCAGAAAGAAUCACUACCACCGCAUCUCCAAUAUAACAAGGCGUGCUGGGACUCAGGUCUGGCCCCUAGCCCUUGUCUAAUGCUUACUGUGAUGCAUCUCAGCUACCUCCAAGUAAACUUCGAGAUUCACCGGCUCCUCGAGAGGUGCGAUCCUCGAUACUGGGAGAUGUCCAUGGCGGAUGCGCUUGAAGUGGUGUCGGUGAUUCUACACCUGGGAACACGCUUGGACCGAGCCACUUUCCUGCGCUACGAUUUUCCCUAUAUUGUCUUGGGCUACGGCCUACCCUGCGUGGCUGUAUUGGCAAACAUUUUACAAUGCAUCUCCCGGAAUGGCGGAAAAUGUCUUCCUCCGAAUAUGAAACGGGCGACCUUUGUCCGUGCCCUGUCGGUGUACCUUUCCCAUCUGGAUAGCAUCUGCAAACCCGGAGAUGGGGAAUACAACGUGUGCGUGCAAGCCUCGCAGGCAAUCUCCCGAGUCCUGGAUGAAGUCCUAGAUCCACCACCAACUUCCUCAGCGGUGACCACCAGCAGCUUUGCUACAGGGACGCCCACGCCAGUGUCUACUUCUGCUGGCCGCGACAGUCAGCACGCACUUGCCCCUGCGUUUUCAUCGUCUCAGCCGGUAGCGUUGAGCGUGGACGAAUUUGAUUUUCUCAACGUUGAUGGACUGGAAGCUUUCGACCUCUCAUCGUGGGUCAAAAACAUUGACUGGACUGAAACUGGCAGUGAGUGGCGUACUUUCUGA